ACUCCUACUGUGCAUAUAAAAACCUCUAAAGCCACUGGCAAAACAGCUGUAAAGAAAAAAAAAACUGAACUGAACGUAACAUUUAAGAGAAGAGAAAUGGAACUCUCUAGCUCAUUGGUGUUGGUUUUAGUCCUGGCUGUGCUGAUGUUGGUCAAAUGGAAGAGGAAGGCGAGUGGACUUUCUUUGCCCCCAGGGCCACUGGCACUGCCACUGGUUGGAAAUUUGCCAAUAAUGGACAAGAGUGCACCCUUUAAAAGCUUUAUGAAGUGGAGUAAAACCUAUGGGCCUGUGAUGACGGUGCACAUCGGACUCCAAAGAACGGUGGUUCUGGUCGGUUAUGAUACAGUGAAAGAGGCUCUAGUGGACCAGGCAGACGACUUCAAAGGCAGAGCACCCGUUCCCUUACUGAACAGAGUUCUGAGAGGCUACGGUUUGGCCAUCAGUAAUGGAGAUCGUUGGCAACAGCUCAGGCGGUUCACUCUCACCACAUUGAGGGAUUUUGGAAUGGGACGCAAACAAAUGGAACAGUGGAUUCAAGAAGAGAGCAGGCAUUUGCUGAACAGUUUUGAUGAAACCAAAUCAACACCAGUCGACCCAACCUUCUUCAUGAGCCGGGCUGUGUCCAAUGUGAUCUGUUCUCUGGUGUUUGGGCAGCGCUUUGAUUAUGAAGACAAAAACUUCCUGCACUUGCUCCAGAUCAUCUCCAGACUUGUGCGCUUUGGCAGCAGUCCUUGGGGUCAGAUGUACAACAUCUUCCCUAAACUAAUGGAGUUUUUGUCUGGUAGACAUCAUGCCAUGUUUAGAGAGGUAGAGGACAUCAAAGCCUUCAUUAUGACAAAAAUCAAGGAGCAUGAGCAGAAUGUGGACUUCAGUGACCCAAAGGACUUUAUUGACUGCUUCCUUAUAAGACUCAUAGAGGAGAAACACAAUCCUGACACAGAAUUCCACAAGGAUAACAUGUUGGGGACUGUUCUAAAUCUGUUUGUAGCUGGUACAGAGACCACCAGCACAACUAUCAGAUAUGCCCUGAUGCUGUUGAUCAAGUACCCCCACAUACAGGAGCAAAUGCAGAGGGAGAUUGAUCGAGUUAUUGGACAGAACAGAAUCCCUAAUAUGGAUGACAGGAAGUCCCUCCCAUUCACUGAUGCUGUGAUUCAUGAAGUACAACGCUAUAUGGACAUCGUCCCACUAAAUUUUCCCCACUAUGCCACGCAUGACAUCUCAUUCAGAGGCUAUGUAAUACCAAAGGUAACAAUGAACACAUACAAUGGUCAGCUCCUUUUAUCUUGGAAAUAUUUCCCAAUGAUCUCUAGUUGGUAUGUUGUGUUGAAUCUGGACAUUUUGUGUAAUUUUGGAUGGAUUUUAUUUCCCCAGGACACUGUAAUUCUUCCCAUGCUGCACUCUGUCCUAAGGGAUGAGGGACAGUGGGAAACUCCUUGGACAUUUAACCCAGAGCACUUCCUGGAUGCCAAUGGCAACUUUAAAAAGAAUCCAGCCUUUUUUGCUUUUUCUGCAGGUAAACGCUCUUGUGUGGGCGAGUCUCUGGCUCGUAUGGAGCUCUUUCUAUUCAUCGUGUCUCUGCUUCAGAAGUUCAGCUUCAGUAGUCCAAAGGGUCCAGAUGGCAUAGACCCCAGUCCUGAACUCAGCAGCUUUGGCAACAUGCCUCGAUUCUAUGAUCUUAUUGCAUCCCCCCGCUGAGCAACAUGGAUACUGCUACUUGUCUCAUUUUACAAAUUGAGAACAAAUGGAUCAAAGCUACUUUAGGAUAUAUAUUUUUAUGUAAGAUUUUUUAAUGAGCCUAUUUUGUCAAAAUUACCACCAUAAAACUGAAAAGCAGUCUUGCAUCAAUGCUAUAGUGCAGAGGUUCUCAAAUUUCCAAGUACAACCUUUGAUCAAAUCACCAAGUCUCUUUGCGUGCAAGUUUAAGAGCAAUUUUUUGCUGCAUUGAAAAUCAUUAGGCAAUCACCCAAGCAAAAUUUUGUGCUGCCCUGCAUUUCCAGAGAAAGUAGAUUUUAAUUACUUCUGUGUAUGAAAUGUGAUGUACAUUGAAAUGAUUUAAAUGUUUUACUUUUUAAAUUGAUACAUAAAACUAAAUAAUAAUAAUAAAAAAAACUUAACCAAAUAAAUAAAA